UGCGCUUACCGGACGUAGACGAUUUCUGGAUUGAGGGGCCGUCUCUAAAGUACUGGCGGGGGAAGAAACGAGACUGGGAAGGGGGAUCCGGGGAUUGUGCGUUGCGGUGGUGGUUAGUGUAGAAGUGUCCGCGGGUGGAAGCUCCUCCAAAGGUUUGGACCACUUCAGGUAGUAAUAGACCCAAAGAUUCACAACUGCAGUGAAACAAUGAUGCCUUCUUCGAUGCUACCAGCUGAAGGAGAUGACCUGGAUUCCUGUAUAUUAAGAUUUCCAGAUUUGGAUUUGAAAGAUACAAACUUUGUUUCUCCUAGUAAUAGUCUCAAAGCAGAAUUAGAUGCUAAUAUGAGGAAGAAGUAUGCUCAUGCAAAGAAAAAGGCAUUUGCCCUCUUGGUUAAAACAAAGGAAAUUCCAGAAACCACCAGCUGCUCUUCAUCUCUCUGCAAAGGAGUAUGGUGGACAUGCUGCCAGCAGAUCUUCAAAGACCAAAUUGGCAUCCAUAGACAUAUAGCUGCCCACCAUGGAAGAGAUGUUUAUCAUCAGACCUCUUCUGUUUUAAAGCAACUGGCUGCUGAAGCUGGCACCCCCAAACCUUGUGUAUCAGCAGACAAGACAAAUGGAUUAAAGAUGUCCCCUUCCUCUAACCAUCAAGUGUCUGCUGACUUCCCAGACACAAGCUGUUUUAGGCUUGAUGAACUGAUGAGUGCAGAGGAUAGCAAUCAAGGAAUAGUGCUAUUAUAUUAUUGUUACUGUGAUGUCGAGGACCCAGAAUGGCUUUGUGCUUGGCAGAAAGCAUUGUGCCAACACUUGCACCUCACAGGAAAGGUUCGAAUUGCUACUGAAGGAAUCAAUGGAACAGUGGGUGGGAGCAGAUUAGCAACUGAUCUUUAUAUAGAGGCAAUGCUUUCUCAUCCUUUAUUUAAGAAUAUCUUGUGUAAGGAAGAUUUUAAGACCAGCAAAGGAGGAGCUUACUGUUUUCCAGAACUUCGUGUUGGUGUAUUUGAAGAAAUCGUGCCCAUGGGAAUCAAUCCCAAUGUGAUCUCCUACAAAAAACCUGGAAUCCAUUUAUCCCCUGGUGAAUUUCAUAAAGAAGUUGAAAAUUAUUUAUAUCAGGGUAAUCAAGAGCAAAAUGACACUAUUCUGCUGGACUGCAGGAACUUUUAUGAAAGUAAAAUAGGACAUUUCCAGAAAUGCCUUGCACCAGACAUCCGAAAAUUCAGUUAUUUUCCUAGUUAUGUGGACAAAAACCUAAACCUUUUUAAGGACAAGCGUGUGCUGAUGUACUGUACUGGGGGCAUUCGUUGUGAAAGAGGUUCAGCCUACCUCAGAGCUAAGGGAGUAUGCAAAGAAGUAUACCAGCUGAAGGGUGGCAUCCACAAAUACCUGGAAGAGUUUCCUGAUGGUUUUUAUAGAGGGAAAUUAUUUGUUUUUGAUGAACGCUUUGCUCUCUCUUACAACAAUGACAUCAUUUCAGAAUGUACAUACUGUGGAACCAAGUGGGACCAAUAUAAACUCUGUUCCACCUCACAUUGCUACCAGCUCAUCUUGUCCUGUUCAGACUGCCGAGAGAAAGGCCUUACAGCAUGUUGUCUCACUUGCCAGGAUAAAGGAGUCAAGCUAAUUUCAAGUCCCAGUGAGAAGAGUUUUAAAGAAGAAUGUGAUUGUACCUUGAAAAGGCCCCGUAUACCAGUUGAACUUUCACAAUAAUCAGGACUUAAUGGAUGGUGUAUAUAGGCAAGCUACCAACUUUUGUGAAAUUAUGCCAUUGCUUAUAUUAAGCACAUCUUCAGCGUUUCCCUGUGGGGUUCACAGUGUCAGUUAUGAGGGUCAGGAUUAUCGGCCUACCUCCGUGAGAAGGUCAUGACAGUGAUAAUAAUGGUGCAUAGUAGCCUGAUGUGCUUACCAACAAGAGUAUUGUGUGCCAUCUGCGACUUAUAUCAUAUCAUCUAUGGGCUGAAUUUAAGACUGGUGGGAAUAAGGGAGUGAUGCUGCUAUCAUUAGGCUAUGUUCUUAUCUGAGCAUUUGGAAACAAAAAGGGCUGAAAUUGAUGUGGGGGAAACAUAGUGACAUUGUUUGGCUACUUGGAAAUGAAGCCUGUCAGGAUUAUGUCUUUGACAAUCCUGCAGUAGAGGAAUGCUUAGCACCCAAUAUACAGGACUCCAUUGUUAACUCUCUUAAAAUUAUAGCAAAGUCAACAUGUAAUUUCAGUUUUGUGAACUUAAUGGACAAUAACAAAUAUUUAUUUAAAGAUGUCUAAGAAAUUUUAGACUCUUAUAGUUGCCAUUGUAGGUUUCACAAACUGGAACUGUGAGAAUGUCCUGCAUGUACAUUAGUGUGCAUAUGCAGGGCUUAAGAUUCAAAAUUUGUUCCCUUCAUUUGCAAUUUGGGGUAUCAAGCUACUAUUUUGAGACUAUCCGGAUUUUUUAUAUUGUAUGUUUGAUAGUAAAGAAGAAAGAAGGUAAGACAUACGAACUUCUGCUGAUGUUGCUGUUUUUAGGUUAGCUUUUUAGAAAUAAGAAACCUUUAGGAAUUAGUCUGCAGAUUCCAUUUUUCAAAGUCAUUCCUUCUUCCAUUUAAAUCUUCAAGAUAUUUCCUUUACUUUGUAGAAACAUCUCAAGAUAAAAAGUCAUGGUAGAACAACUAUAGCAUGAAAUGGGGGGAAAGGAUAGUUCUCUGGCUAUGUAAUAACCCACCCCUAAUGAAUGAAUGUACAGCAGUGGGCAUAUAAGAUUCUUUUGCAUUAUUUCAUAGUAUUUUCACGAACAUCUAUUAACUUUAGUUAUUGAAAUGCACUUAUAAAAUCAUCCUUAAUUAGUAAUUCCUGGCUUAUUCAUUAUUGUGAAUUUUUGAAAUUAUAUAGGUAACAAAAGGAAUAAUUGCCCUGAUCUUUAGCAGGAAAAUUGCCUGUGUGACUAAAUUUUUUCAUGCCCAACAACACUUUGAGGGAUUAAUUUCCAUUUUGUUAGCUCUGCUAUACUAAGCCUUAAACAUACAAAAUUAAAUAAUAUGAAUAUAAAGUUCAUUGCUAUCUUAGAAUCUCAAACCAUGAUAUGCAUAUAGCUGGUACUCGUUAGUGGAGAGUGGGUAGCAGAAGUUGUUAACCAUUUGGAAUCCAUUACCUCCAGCAAAAAUACAAAGGUCACUUUUCAAGGACUGAGAUAAGAAAUAUACGUAGGGCUAUCAUUUGGUCAUUUUAAUAAUAAAAUGCCUUGAAAUAGAUAGGGGCACCUGACUUUCAGUCUUCUUAGACCAAUUCAGAAUUUUAAAAAUAUUCAGCACAUGUGGAAAUAGAACCAAGCUGACAUUUUCUAACCUUGUUAACCUAUAAAAGGUUAUUUAAUAAGUUAAAACCUAUUAAAAGUAUCCAGGAUUUUUUUUGCUUUAUAUGUAGUGAUUCUUUUAUGCUAGCUAUUACAUCAGAAUUCCAUAGAUGAUAAUGAGUCUGGAGAAUAAUAAAUCCAUAAUCUCACAUGGAAGACUUUAAUAAUAAAUAUAGUCUCAUUAUUGAUACUUUGCUUUACAUAUUUUUAUGUUCCUAUUCUAGUCCCUUUGGGGACUUAAAGGAGGCCUUAAAAUAGAAUUAGACCUCAGCUAUCUAUUGCAGAAAAUAGUUGGCCUUUAUUUGACCCCAUGGAGACCUUGAAGUCUAGAAGCAUUAAGAAAAAGGCAAGAGCAACAUUGGGGCAGCACUGAUCCCUAAACCUUAGGAGCAAAUGGCCCCUCGAAAACUUAAGACAGAGAAAUAGCUGGAGGUGUCAUUAAAUCUUGAGAGGUGAGGGCAGCAAAGGGGAGUCACACAUCCUGGCUAUAGUCAUUCCAUGAAGAAAAUGUUUUAGAGAUACAGGCAGGGUCUCUUAGCUUUCUACUUCGGGUAUCCCAUGCAGUAAAGAUGCUACAAGUGUCCAUCAUGGAAGAUGCUGAACACAAGAUUGAGCUAGGGAUUUCCAAGCUGAAGGAACCAGGCCUCUAGAAAAAACAGCCAUUGAGAUAAUAGCAAAGCCUCCCAAAAAAACCAAAACUCUGUUGAACUGAAAGUGUCUGAAUCAAACUUAUGUAAAUUAAAUUCCAUUAUAAUGCAAUAGGGGAACUUCUAUUUAUAUAAACAAACUAAUGAAUCAUUUAGUAAAGCAAAUAGUUGGUCUAAGGUUAAAAUCACCCCCAGUGUAUCUGUUUUAUAAAAUAUGACUUUUGUAUGUUAUUAUAACACUAUCUGAAAGUGUGAUAUGCCUAUAAAUCAAAAUAACCACUCUCUCUGAUUCGAGGUAGGAAAACCUAAAUAAGUUUUAACAUCUUAAGGUAUUUCUAACUUCUGACAAGUCAUCAAAGCAACUAAAUAUAUGCUUGAAAUUAAUAGUAAUAAUUUGUAUUUCUCUGGUGGUGUGCACCUUUCAGAGCAUUUUCAUGUGUUUUUUGAGCCUCAAAAUCAUCCUGUAAUAAACCAGGCCACUUAUAUUUGUCCUCAUUUUGUAGGUGAGGAAACUGAGGCACAAAGAUGAAGUGUUUGCCCAGGGUUAUCCAGUAAGUUAAUGGCAGGACUUUGGGUCUUCCCAAUACUAAACCAGUGUUCUUUCUGUGACCCUUGUCCCUUCCUGUAGAAGGGGUAACACAUAGGUCAAACUCUGAUCUUUUCAACUAUUCCCACCUACCUAGGAAGUCUUAAUGGAUACUGUGUUAACAUCUUAGAUAACAUCAUUAAAUAAUGAUAAAAAUGUCUCCUCUGUUGCUUGGCUUUCAAGGCAACUAUAGACUUCAUCAUUUCAUGAAAUUUGAAAGCACAAGAGUGGUGGGUAAUAUGCUGUUGUCAUAAUUUAUGUAUCAAAAAAGCUAUAUGUUAUAGUAGAAGGAUCACUAGACACAGUUCUUAUAGACUUGAAUUCAGGUCCCAGUUUUAUAGUUUAUUAGCUUGCGUGUUCUUGAGCAACCCAUUUCCUUUUUCUAAGCCUUGGUCUCCUCUUCUGUAAAAUGAUAUUGGACUAAGUCACCUCUGGGAGUCCCUUCCUGCUUUGUUUUUCUGUGAGCUAUUUAGAUGGGGUAGAGUCCUAAUUCAGUGGAGAUAUGGAUGACUUUGGAAAUGGGUGAUAGAACAUAAUGUGAACUGUGGCUUCUGCACAAUAUUAAUUCUGUGGUAGAAUCUUGUAUGAACUCUUCAAGAGCUCAAGAAAGUGAAUAUCUUUGCAGGGUAUGAAAACUCAGCAACUUGUAUUUUCAGAUAGGCUGAACAUUCUUUUGCUCAGAUUUUAUUCUAAAAGACAAAUGCCAAGAUUUUUGUUUUCAUGGACAGAGUCCUCCAUGACACACAAAACAAUAAUAAUAAGACCAACUGAUUUAAUGUUACAUUGUAGCUUACAGUGAUUCAGAGUGGUUUCAACAAUUUCCUACAGAAUGGUGCUUUUUCUGGGCCAUAUUUUGAGGCUCAAUACUCCAGCUCCAUCUAUAGUGACCUUUACUAUAGAUAAAUUAAUACAUAUAUAUACAUAUAUACAUAUAUAUAUAUAUGUGUGUGUGUGUGUGUGUGUGUGUGUGUGUGUGUGUUUUUCUUUAAAAGCCAUUGAAACAAAAAUAACCCCUCCUCUUUAUCAGUAUUCUGAUAAAGUAAGUCAUUCUGAACUCUUCAGCUUUUUUGGCAUGCUCUUAAGAGAUACUAAAUCACAAAUUAUAAAUCUUUCCAAAGGCAAUAAAAAUAUUAGUGUAGAUGGCACUUUGGCAUAUUAAAAG